UGAAAUUUCCUUUCCUUUCCUUUUCUUCUCCCACAAUAUAAAACCGCUUUCUUCUUCUUCUUCUUCAUCAUCUCAAAAUCCCAUCCGUCGCUGCUCACCUGACCUGGGCCAGUCUCUCUCUCUCACUCAAUGCUCCACCCUGAAUCCGUCUGAAAAAGAGAAAAAAUCCAGAAGCAAAGAGAAAUGGAGCUGAGCUUGGAUUUGGGUCUGGUCCAUGUCUCCAAAACAGUCGCCGAGUGUCUGAAAGAGGUCGCCAAAGUCAAGGAUGUUGGUCAGAAGCUGUCCAGGCUUGACGAUUACGUCAACAGAUUGGAAGAUGAGCGCCGGAAGAUCGAGGUCUUCCGCCGGGAGCUUCCUCUCUGCAUGCUCCUUUUGAACGAUGCGAUUCUGAAAUUGAAGGAGGAAGCGUUGCGUUGCAAGGAAUUGAACGAUCGAGCUGCUGCUGGUCAAGGAGAAGAAGGAGAGAUGAUGAACAAGAAGAGCUGGAUGGAUUCCGUGCAGCUAUGGAAAACUGGAGAUUCCAAUCAGGUGGAAUCCAAUUCAGAAUCCAAACAGAUUGAGCAGCAGAGAAGCGAGGAAGAAGAUGAUCGAUCAACGUGUGAGAAUCCAAUUCAGCAGCUUCACACCAGGGAAGGGUCAUUCAUGGCGUUUAAGCCAAUUGUUGGGUGUGGAAGGAAGGAAGAGAAGGAAGUUGUUUCACAGGCUACUGAGCUGUCUCUCAUGACUCCAUCUCCUCCUGAAUUGGUUCUUGCCCCGAGUCGCGGCAGUAAUCAGCAAAUGAAGCUGCAGAGCGCUAAGCCACAGCCACAGCCAUCGCAGCUUCAGCCCGACAAGAAGCAAAGGCGGUGUUGGGCUCCUGAACUUCACAAGCACUUCAUGAAUGUCCUUGAUGAGUUGGGAGGACCUCAUGUGGCCACUCCCAAGCAGAUUAGAGAACGGAUGCAAGUGGAAGGACUCACCAACGAUGAAGUCAAAAGCCAUUUGCAAGUAUGGUUUCAUUUUAGCUUAUUAAGGCAUUUUGCAUGCUUGUUUUUUAUUAGUGAUUGGUGCAAGAGGAAUGAGACAAAAUUCAAAUUUGACCAUCUCUCAACUUGAGUUGGGGGAUGAAGUCGGUUCUUGACAGAGCAUCAAAGCCUUUGUGUCUUGUGUUUAGAAUCAUGGUAAAACUAAAACGUUGACGGGUUGAUCUAGCUUUUAAGUAUGAUUAGUUUGUGCAAAUGUCAAGCCUAUUAGUUGAUUCAUUCCUGGAUUUCCUUUAUAACAAGUGGAGUGAUUGAGACCGAGCCGAUAUGUGUACACAAUUUGACAUGAAUUCUUUUCUUGUUGGUUGAGCAGAAAUACAGGCUUCACAUCCGAAAGCAUACAGCUUCUUCAUCUGCUGGCCCAGCAAAUGGGUUGUGGACACCUAAGUAUGAUGGAAACAACAGCAAUAACACUCCAAAGGCUAAAGUACUACAUUCCAGUAUGGAAGGUGAAAGCAUGGGAGGCUUCUCUAGGUCUAGCAAUGAAGGUGGAAGCAUGGAAGGAGGGGAUGAGCAAUCAGAGAGUCGUGAUAGUUCGAAAAGAGGUGCUGAGAAGGUGGGCGGUGAAGGAAGAGGAGUCGAUGUAUGGAGGUGAAAGGUAGAUUAAAGGUUUCAAACUAUUCUGUAUACAACAAGGUGGAGAAUCAGCUUGUAAAGAUGAUAGAAAAAGAUACAGUCAAACACAAAUAGAAAAGGGGGGAAACAAGAAGUUGCUGCUCUUAGCAAUUUUAUUUCCUUUUGCGGCUUAUGUAGUUUCAGAGAGUGAUGAUAGGGAUUGAGGGGUUUAUCUGCAGAAAACUGCUGUUGAUUUGUUAGUUCUAUGUAUGUCAUUGUUGUUUGUUUGUUUGUUGAUGAGGUUUGAGGUAGCAGGAGAUUGCUGAAACCAACUGCACAAUCAUUUUGGAAGAGGGGAAUCAUUCUGUUACUGUGUUCUCCAACUUGGGAUUUAUUCAGUUACAUCAAAAUGUUUGCAU